UUCUACAUGGAAUUCUUUAAGUUUUCUUUCGGACUCUUUUUUCGUCCGAUUUCGCGCGGCAGUAAGGGCAGCUCCGACACUCGUCGUCGAUCCCAACCGCCUCACGAGUCCCACCCCACUCUCCUUUGUUCCCUUCCUCGAAGGCGAAGAAGCUUUUUAGAAACCCUAGAAGAAACUCGAAUAAUUAGGAAAUCUCGGUGAUGCUCGGGAGAUGGAGGAGGAGAAGGAGAUCACCAUCUCGAGCGCGCUCUCAGACGAAGAGACCCCGUCCAGGUAUGAACUGUUGAGUAUGGUGAGAAAGCAUUCGAACUUGUUGGGUGAGACGGCAGUUGAUGAACAGGAUGCAUCAGACGUCGGAAUGGAUACUCGGUUUUGGCAUAAAAUGUUGGAUUUGUAUUUUAUACAUGGGAGGAUAUCAAAAGGACGUCAGGAAGAUGACCUUAUCUUUUUUGUUAGAAAUAUGAGCUUGCACGGGUAUGGUUUCAAUGAUACUAUGGAAGGCCAUCCUCCCUUUUUUGUCCGUAGAUGGGCUCCUCAGUUGGAAAAAGUAGUUGGUGAAAAUUCUGCAGACGUGGACUGGAGAUGUUCUUUUUAUUUGAAUUUGAUUGCCCACACAUCAUUCACUGUUACAGUUGCAAUUUGUAGUACACAGGAUCUGCGCAAACAUCAAAAUGGAGAAGUGACAUCAUUAUCUCCCAUAUACAAAGUUGUAAAGACAGUCUAUGCAUCUCCCAGUCGUGUUAAUUUUCAUCUGGACCAUAAGAAGGCUGUAGAAACACUACCUGCCUACCCAAACAUUUGCUUUGCCGUUGAUGACUUUGAUGAUACUUUUGAUGCUGUGGUUUUGUCAGAAACAGAUCAUUGCUAUUGCGUACUUCUUAAUGCCCAUGGUGGGGCAGCUUUUCCAGCAGAAAAGGAUCAGCCUGACUGCAACUCUAGUGGGCCUUUGAGACUUGAGAAUGAUUCAGAGAAAGCUAGGUCAUCCAAGCUUACUCUCUUCUCAGGAUUUGUCAACUAUCAGAUGGUUCGAGAAGCAUAUGAUGCUGGAAAAUCUAGAUUUGGGAGUCUUCUAUCACUUGGUCAUGUUCAGGCUAAAACAGACAGGCUUUACAUGAGGGGUCCUGGAGGGCGUGGGGAAGUUGAAGUUGCUGUUUCUGGAAUAACAGAUCAAAGUCACCAGUAUGCAGGUCCUCCUUCACCACUUCAGUUAUCGAAGAGAGGUUUGAGCAUCGGCCUGGGGACUAUUGUGCAUAGAGCAGCUUCUGCUGCUUCUGAGUUGGCCAAGCAUGCUUAUGGCGGUACCAACAGGAAUUCUGAUUUAGAACUUUUGCCCCUCAAGUGCUGCUUGAUGUCCAUCUCUUUACCUUGGGAAGUUAUUGCACACGACCUUUUGUUCAAGGCAAGCCCUCUGGUGAGUCUCUGAUGGUCUUCACUAUUGUUGCUGGAAUCUUGGUGUUCUGAUAGCAGCCAAGCAGGAGCAGCAAGUUGCCAAUAACCCAUGACUUCAGGAAGAUACCGGUGCUAUAAAAACAACAAUACAAUUUAUGUAUACCAACUCACUUCUGUGCCCUUUGUCUUGAUUUCCAUUUGCUUUAUUUAUUGAAACAGCUUCAGUCAAUAAUAGCCUUAAGGGCGUUUACCUUCUCUUACAUGAAUGCUUUGGAAAACAGCAGAUCAUAUGCAGUUUUUCACUACUCACUUAUCCUGAAUGUAGCGACCAAAAGGCAGAUUAUGCAGAUCUGGGGUAUAGUUUUCACUCAAGAAAAGAAUGCAGAAAGGCCUCUUUGUUGA